UCUCUCUCUCUCUCUCUCUCUCCUCUCUCUACAAAUCUGAAUCCUGUCUCGUCUGUCUCUGCCGAUUCAGGAGGGUACGGCAACAUGGCAUCAAAGCUUUGCCAGGCGGUACAGUACGACAGCUAUGGCGGAGGAGCUUCUGCUUUAAAGCAUGUGGAGGCUCCGGUCCCCUCCCCGAAGAAAGGGGAGGUUUUGUUGAAACUGGAAGCAGCUGCUCUAAACCCAGUUGAUUGGAAAAUUCAGAAGGGCAUGCUUCGGCCUCUUUAUCCCCGAAAAUUUCCUCACAUACCUGUUACUGAUGUGGCUGGAGAGGUUGUAGAGGUUGGACAAGGAGUGCAAAAGUUCAAACCAGGGGACAAAGUUGUGGCCUUUCUGAGCCAUGCUAAUGGAGGUGGACUGGCUGAGUACGCUGCAGCUGGUGAGAACUUGACAGUGUCCAGGCCACCUGAAGUAUCAGCAGCUGAAGGUGCAGGCUUACCUGUUGCUGGCCUCACAGCUCACCAGUGUCUCACGCAAUCUGCUGGGAUCAAGCUGGAUGGAAGCGGCCCACAAAAGAACCUAUUAAUUACUGCUGCCUCUGGGGGCGUGGGUCAGUAUGCAGUCCAACUAGCAAAGCUCGGUAACACGCAUGUUACAGCCACUUGUGGAGCUCGUAACAUUGAAUUUGUCAAGAGCUUAGGGGCAGAUGAGGUUCUUGACUACAAGACCCCAGAAGGAGCAGCUCUAACUAGCCCAUCUGGUCGGAAAUAUGAUGCUGUGGUCCAUUGCACAACCGGCAUCCCCUGGUCAACUUUUGAGCCUAAUUUGAGCACCAACGGGAAGGUCAUAGACAUAACUCCUAGUCCAAGUGCUUUUGUUACUUUUGCUCUGAAGAAACUCACCUUCUCGAAGAAGCAGCUGGUGCCACUGUUUCUGAAUGUCAAGGCUGAGAACUUGGAGUAUCUUGUUAAGUUGGUGAAGGAAGGAAAGCUCAAGACGAUAAUCGACUCUACGCAUUCUCUGAGCAAGGCUGAAGAUGCUUGGGCAAGGAGUAUGGAUGGACACGCGACUGGAAAGAUUAUUGUCGAGCCUUAAGUAGACAAGAUACAGGGUAGUUCUAUUCACACGCCCUUUGUUAAUUUCUGUCUUUUGAUCCUUUUCAAUUCAUUCAGCUCGACGGUUGGAAAUUGAGAAGGGUAUGUGAAAAGUAAAUAAAGGUGUGUGGAUAACACCACUCAUGUAUAUAUGUGUUAGUGUUUCUUAAGUGGUAUGUAAAUUUCAUGUUUGCUUUAUGAUAUCGCCCAUUGAUGUGUGGGUGUUUGUAUUGUAAAUGAUAAGGUUUGGAUAUGAAUUAAUGUUAAUUUUAUUGUUAAGUACA